AUGACAAAAACAGAUGUUGACGAGGAUUAUAUCAAAACUUUAGAAAUUAAAUUGCGGAAUUUACGGAAAGACGAAGCACAGUUAAAUUCUAAAGAUAUAUUGAAUGAUCUGAAAAGUUACCGAGAAGAUAAGCUUUUCCGUUUGUUGACAAAACCAGAUCAUUGUUUCGAGGACAAUUUUAUUGAUCAGCCAGUUGUAGUUUCAUAUUUACGGCGCAAACUAGCCCCAAAAACGGUUGCUGUACAUAAGGGUGAACUUAUUUCUUUGCUUGAGGCCGAUCAGGUGGCAUUAAAAAAUUUGGAAGUAAAUGAAGAAGUAACUUCAACAAAGACAUCGACCAGAAAUGCUACUGAAGAAUCUAAGACGGAAAAAAUUUCAGGUUACAUAUCAGGAAGAAUGUCGCUUGAAGAAAUAGAGGAAAGUGGAUUAAAAGCAAUAAAAAUGAGCUGGAAAGAACGGAGCUUUACUCCUGUUUUAUGUUGCAACACAUAUAGUUUGCAUCAGUUAUCAGAUCGUAGCGUUAUCUGUGUUACAUUGUCCGGCAAGGUACAUUGGGCAGAUGACACAGAACCAACGGAUUUAGUUGCGUUAUUCAACGAAAGUUUGGAUAAUAAUGAAAAUUUAGAAAUUGUCGCAUCCGAUUGUACAGAACAAAGCGGCAAUGAUGAUGUCGCUGUCCUUGUUACAUGUUGGGUAUUAUUUGAUGAAUUCUGGAUGCCAAAGCGUUAUUUUGCCGCGAUGUUCAAAGCAACAGCUGAUCGUAAAUUCAUUUUAAGUUAUAAACUGGAACUUGAUAACGUUCCUUCCUAUACUCGAAUAACAGCUGAAGCAGCCGUUGCAAAUAAUCGCCAUUGCUGGCUCGUAUUUACCGCCUCACAUGCUGCUCGUUUAUUUGUUGUCCAGCCCAUAUCACUUGCAGUUGAAGAGAUUGAUUCAAUUGGUGAUAUCUAUCCAGGACUUGAUUUGGGCGAUUUGCCAGGUUCUGCCAUCAGAUCAAAUUGUCUUCAAACAUCGACAUAUCGAUGGUCUGUACUUGGUUUUGAUACAGGUUAUGUUAUUGCAACAGCGCUAUCCAUGAAAACAAAUUUUAUAGAAGAUAGAAGUAAAUUGAAAUUUUCUGGUGCAAUAUCAGUUCUGUUAAUUUUGCAACAUGUUGGACGAGAGGAUAAGAUUUCGGUGUUAGUAUCUUCAACAUUAGGACCAGCAGCCGUAUGGAUGCUGUCUCUCUCUCCGGAUAAAAGUCAUUUCGAAUGGCAAAGGAUAACAGUAUUGGAGGAUACACGUGGCCAUGAUGCUGUUGUAUGUUCUGCAUCCGGUCAUCAGUUGAUUGCUAUUGGAACAUAUGGUGGGGUCAUUUUGGUAUACAAACGAACGGAUCUCUUGUCGGAUGACCAUUAUGCAGCUUCCUGCUCAGUUAUAGAAAUGCAUGUGUCGGUGAUAUCAAUGAUUUUUCUCAGGGAUGAUUUGUUAGCAGUUUUAACAACCAGUGGUUUGCACAUUGUUGAAUGCCACCGGUCAGAGCGAUAA